AUGAGAGGCUUGGGUGCCACGGUGUUGCUUGGAUGUCGCUCGUGCCAUUUUGGUGUUCGCCAUGCAUCAACCUCGCAGUUUUAUGACGCUGUAAUAGUAGGUGGCGGAAUGGUGGGCAAUGCAAUGGCGUGUACAUUAGGGCUUAAUCCACAGCUAUCCUCAAAACGUAUCCUUCUACUGGAAGCGGGAAAACCUAGUCCAUUACCGAAGUCGCCGCCAGAAUUCUACAGCAAUCGUGUCUCCGCGGUCGGACCUGCAGCUGUACAUUUAUUCAAAAAGAUUGCAUAUAUUAUUGAAAACAAUGCUAUUGUCGGCGCAUUAUACGACAGGAUAAGAAAUGGUUGCCCUACGGUUGAAGUAAAAGCCGAAGCUUCCGUCAAAAACUGCAGAGUGCUCCCGUCUUGCUUCGAUCUCGGCGUUACGAAGACGGGACCAGCGGUGAAGAAAUUGCCUGACUAUCAAGCUUUUAUAGGCGCUGAUGGAGCAAAUUCGAAGGUUCGCCAGUCUAUGGGUGUGAACUACACGGCCUUCAAAUACAACCAAAGUGGUGUUGUGGCCACACUUGUGGUCGAGGCAUCUGGACAAAACGAUGUAGCGUGGCAACGUUUUUGUCGCGCAGGACCGAUAGCUUACCUUCCUUUGACCUCAAAUCUUUCAUCUCUAGUAUGGACCACUUCAACGGAGCAUGCAGAACAGCUGCUUUCACUGACAAAGGAAGAGUUUGUUGACGAACUCAAUCGCUCAAUGUUCAGGGAAGAUGACCAGAACGACUUCGUCAACAAAUCGUUAUUCCUUCUUUCAAAGAUGCCAUUUGUCUCGGAAGAGAUAGCCACUUCUCCUGUUCCUCCACACGUUGUCACUCUUCAAGGAGACAGCCGUGCAGCCUUCCCACUCGGCUUCGGACAUUCUCAUACAUAUGUGCUACCGCGAUGUGCGUUAACAUACUUGAAAGAGUUUGACACAAGUGCACAACGACAUAAUCUUCCUGUCAUGGUCUUGUGCGAUUGGCUAAAUCGUUUGUAUCGAACGAAUGCUGCUCCGAUUGUGAUGCUCCGAUCGCUGGGUCUUGCUGCAUUCAAUAAAUUAUCUCCAGUAAAGGUGCGUGCGUUAACAUACUUGAAAGAGUUUGACACAAGUGCACAACGACAUAAUCUUCCUGUCAUGGUCUUGUGCGAUUGGCUAAAUCGUUUGUAUCGAACGAAUGCUGCUCCGAUUGUGAUGCUCCGAUCGCUGGGUCUUGCUGCAUUCAAUAAAUUAUCUCCAGUA